GAUUUCUGGCGUGUCGUCCCGCACGAUAAAUGCGUCUCGCUCGCACGCACGUGCUACGUUUUGCCGUCUCACGUGCGGCGCGCGGCAGCGGUAACGCUCGCCACGACGGGAAUUCAGAGUCGUAGAGCCUCAUACGCGGGUCAUAAACGAUCCGCGGCCAUAGUAGAGGUGCACGCGCGAGAAUCGAUCCGAAUCGCCGGCGAUAAACGCAUCUCCCGCGAGGCGAUCGUCGCGCGCCGCGUCGCCGCCGAGCGAUGAGUUCCAAGUUCAUCAUCGAUAGCAUGCUCCCCAAGUACCACCAGCAGUUCCAUCAUCAGAACUUGUUCGCGGGUGCUGGAGCAUCGCCUAUUGAGGCAUCAUUGUCCUCAUCGCUGUCAUCAUCGUUGUCGACGUCCCUCUCCUCGUCGUUGUCUGGCGGACUUGGGGCGGCUGCGCUGGGGGCCGGCUCACCAGGGGCCGGGAGCCCACAGCGCUCCUCUUCGUCAUCCUCGGCGUCACCAGGCGCGCCGGCGAGGAUGUACCCGUACGUUUCACACCACCAGCAGUUCGGUGGCUCAGUGCCGUUUGCAACUGGCGGCGGUCUCUCGGCUGACGAUAAGAGUUGCCGUUACCCAACUGCUGUGGGAGGAGAUCCGAUGGUGAAUUAUGCGCUGGGUCAACACAAUGGCGGUGCGGCGGUGUCGGCUGCGUCGGCUAGUAUGGCAGCAGCAGCGCAGUUUUACCACCAAGCAGCAGCAUCAGCAGCCUCAGCCGCUUCUGCAGCUUCAGUGGAUGCAAUGGGCGCAGCCUGCUCUCAGCCCUCCGCUCAGCCUCUGCCCGACAUUCCUCGUUACCCAUGGAUGUCAAUCACCGAUUUUCCGUUUCCAGAUUGGAUGAGCCCCUUCGACCGCGUGGUCUGCGGUGAGUUCAAUGGACCAAAUGGCUGCCCACGACGGCGAGGACGACAGACAUACACCAGAUUCCAAACACUAGAACUAGAAAAGGAAUUCCAUUUCAACCACUAUCUGACGCGCAGGCGUAGGAUAGAGAUUGCGCAUGCACUUUGUCUCACAGAGAGACAGAUAAAGAUAUGGUUCCAAAAUCGACGUAUGAAGUUAAAGAAGGAACUGCGUGCUGUUAAAGAAAUUAAUGAACAAGCGCGCCGAGAGAGAGAGGAACAGGAUAGAAUGAAACAGCAGCAGCAGGAGAAGCAGGCCAAGCUGGAGAGCCAACACCAUGGCCAUCACGUGACCCACCACCAUGAUCCUAUGAAAAUGCCAAUCGACAAAGGUUCCAGCGACAUCCUCAAAGUGAAUAAAGUGCCGACGUAAGGCACCUGCCUACCGCUUAGUAAAUCCUGACUGAUACUGUAUCAUAUAGUGUGAAUACAUGAACGGAAGUGUUACGUCCAUAUGGACCUGCGGGCAGCAUUAGUCCUCUCGUAUCCACUAGUUUUAUGUUUUGCGGCUGAUUUAGUAGGAGUGUCGCCUCGUUGUGGAGGUGUUCGUGACUUUUAUUGUAUUAAUGUUCCUUUAGUGCGAAGGACUUGCCUCGGUGUCGUUCGCUGGUGGACAGGCUGGUGAUGUGCUUUAAGCAUUUAUUUUGUUGCCAUAACCACACCAUGUAUUGCAAUAAUAUUUUACUAAAUUUUACAAAAGCGUUAGUAUCGCUCUAAGAUUUACAACUCCGAGUGAACUUCGGUAUUGUUAGUUAAGAUUUAAAAUCUGUGAAUCUCAUAGUAUUUAUUGCUACCAUUUACUUUAAUCCAUUAUGUUAUAUUUUUUUAUUAAUACAUAUUAUAUUAUGUACAUUUUGAUGUAUAUUUUAUUAUUUGUCUACUUUUAGUGGACUGGUUAUGUUUUGAUGGUCACAUUUUUUUUAUGAUCGUAAAAUUUGUUGUAUUUUAUCAGUUGAUUUCGAAAGAGUUGCUUUUAUUAUUUGUCCAUAUUGUAAUUCAUUUAAUAGUUAGGUUCGAAGAUUGUUGUUUGAUUUGAACAUUUAAUUUUUAUUGCGCAAAAAUAUUCGCAAUCAUAUAAAUAUAACAUUUACUAUUUCGAUAUGAGCGUUAGACGUAUAAUUGAAACAAAUUACGUAUUGAAGUACAAUUGAAAGUAGGUUUUCAUCAUGACGUACGUUGUGUUUUGUAUUCAAUGUUUUCAUAAGAAUAUAUAAUUCGGUAUUUUUGAUGAUAGUUCUACUUAAAUCUUGUCCAGAUGUUUAAAAUUCUUAUAAUGUAAAAAAAUAAACUUGCAUUGAGUCCAUGCAUCCCAAAUCGUCAGAUGUUCAAAAUUAUAUACGUAACAUUGAUACAUAUAAUAAACAAUAAUGUGACUAAAGUAAAUUUUACAUGUAAUUUUAAAGUUGACUAGCUUAAGUGUACUAUACAUAGAUAAUAUAGGUUCGACUUUAAGUGUUGCUAAGAUAAACAGAAUGCCUACCCCGCGGUAGAACAUGAUAUACCUACUUUGAUUUGCCUAAUGAUGUUUCUGAAGCUGCUUUACCCUUAACCGACGAUCAAAUGCUCAUAUUUUAUUCAUAAAAUAUAUUGAAUUCACAAGUGAGUACUCGAUGUGAUCAGUAGUUCAUACAAAACUUAUUCAAUCACUGAAAGUAUUUCUAUUCGAUCGUUUUUCGUGUACAACAUUACUUUGCUCUCAAGUCCACGUUGUGCCAAAAUAUUAUAAAAAUUAAUUAAAUUUGUACCAUAAAACAUUUAUGAAACAAAUGCAGUAACAAACACAUUUCGCUUAGAACAAAAAUCAUGUAUUUCUUUAUAUGUGAAUCAGAACAAAUACUAAAUUAGGUCUAAAAAAUAAUUAGUGUUGUUAGUCACCAUUAUACGUAAAUUAAUGUCAGGGUAGAAUUAAAGAAAAUUUAAAUAAAUAUGUGUACUAAAUUGACAUGUUCGCUUAAUUUUUAUAAUCAUCACUCAAUAUAUAUCUGUCCACUUUAACUUUCUUAUUAUAUCAAUCAGUAGAUGUAAUUUAUAUUAUAUCUGGAUAUCAUUAGCACAAGUCCUCCUUAGACUUAAGAAUUUCACAAGAACAUUUUUCUCAUAUUACGAGUAAGAAACACAAUUAUACAAUCUACAUAUAUUUAAUAAACAUAUUUUUUCCAAAAUGAACAGAAGCAAUAUUUACUUAUUAUAAUGAUGUCCAUAGUUCGUUUCUCGAUAUCCUUUUCGUUAUGAAAAGUUAAUCGUCAAUUCGAUAUUGUUACUUAAUUUAAAUUAAUAAAUAUUUAAAAAAAUGAAAAAUACUGAAGUGAAAACAUUUAAGGAUAUUAUUCGUAACGUAAAAAAGCUUGGAAUGGUAUUCAUAUUAAUUAUUAUUUACACGAAAUUUUAGUUCCUUUAACUCGUUUCAAAUUGAGAUAUCGGCGCUCGCCGGAUAUUUGCAAUAAAUAAUUGACACAUUGCAUGAGCUGUAGUCGUCAUGUAAGAUUACUGUAAGGUUGUCAUUAGUAAGUAAAAUAGAACCUUUAUCCCAUCUUACUUUUAAAUAUGAAUCGAGAAUGAUAAUCGAACAAAAUGUACUUAAGUAAAUUUCGUAUAUCUAAGCUUUAUAAGUUAUAAUGCAUAGUUAAUAAAUAACUUAGAAACUGGUAAUAAAAUAUAAGCGUAAUAAACCAGGCGAAGUAUUUGAUUAAAAGCGCUUAAUUACCUAUUUAGUAUCGUUCGUAAUGAUUAUGAUUGGAGGAAACGAUAGUACUAUUCGGAAUAGACGAGCGUACACACUGGCACACGCGUCGAGAACGGUAACUUUAGCGCAAUGUGUGUAUACGAACUUAUAUUGUUGUUUCUAUAUUUGAUCCCGUUGUGAACAUUUGCUUUAACAAUAACUGUUUCGUUACUCGUAUGGGUCUGUGCAAAUUAAUCUCUUUUUUAAUCUAUACGACUAUCGCCUUUAUUAUUAUUUACUGUUACGCGAUUCCUAAUUAAGUUUCGUUUCUAACAAUAGGUAAAACUUUUAACGUAUUAGUAAUAAUAUUUGUGUGUAUGUUCGUCCGAUGAUUUAUGUCAGGUUCUCUUUAUUGUUUCUGCCUCGUAAAGAACUGUAGAUAAUUCACGAGGAACAAUGAGCAAUUUGCUAAAUAGAUUAUAUACGACCUCCAUCCGUAAUAUUGUCUUGCCAUACUGCUAGUGUUUCGUAGACUAAAGGUAUUAUUAUAAUACCUGGCUGAAUAUAGAUUUCAAUAUAUAAUCUACCCUACCGUAUUAUUCUUAAUUAUAAUUUCUCUUAUUCCAUUAAAAUGAAAUCAGACGAGGUUUUCCAGUUCUAUAGAUUACUUUAUAUUAUAAUAGUUUUUAAAACAUCGUUAAGUUGUAGUACCCAUUACGCCAUUUAAUUUUUAAAAUAUAUAUUUUAACAAGACUUCUGUUCUGUUAGGUUAUGUCUGAAUGAUUGUUAUUUUUAUCUUAAUAUAAUUGUAGUUAUGUAUGUAUGUACCUAAAUUUAUAUUUUCGAAAAUAGUAACUAAAUCGUCGUAAAAAUUAAGUAAUUGUAAAUAGUCGUGAAAGUUUUAUGUGGCGCAUUAUAUGAAUAUAUAUCUUUUUGUUUUAUAUUUUGUUUUAUGUUAUGUAUUUAUGUAAUGGACGUACGUAUUAAAUGGAUUUCACUUGACUACGAUGACAAAGCUUAUUAGUAGAAAAACCGCCUUUAAAAUUUUUAAAUCAUUUUGCUUAAUAAAUGUAUUUUAAAAUAGUUGAUUAUUUUUUAUUAUUAUGAAUAAGCUGUAACUGUUUUUGAAGUGUUGGAUUUAUAAAAAAAAAAGUAUUUUGUUUUUUUAUUUUAUUAUUAUUGAUUGGUAAUAUUUAUAGAGAUUUCUGGUCAAGUGAAAUCGAACGUACGUCUCAACGUGACUGUGUCGUGUUAAAAUAAGAAAAUAGAAGGGUGAUUGUAUAUGAAGCCCGCAUUCAAUAUUGUAAUAUUAAUUUCGAAAAUUCAAGAGAAUAAAGAGUUAAUGAAACAAUGGAUAUUUUAAUAUUAU